CAUGGUGGUUGUCAAGUGGAUGUCAGAAUAAAUGUUGCACUUAUUAUUUUUAGAUAUUACAUACAGCUUAUUGAUAUAAUAUUAUAGCUUUGCAGUGCAAUUGCGUAUGUGCGCAGUAGCCCACUAUGUUUGCAAGAAGAGUUAGACAUGGCGUCCAAGGAUACAGUGCAAUUAAGUGCAUAGCAGUAGGUAAUCGGUCUCUAUCAAGCGUCGAUUCUCUUGAUCUGGAGGAGAAACUCAGUGGUUGUUUAUCAUCAUUGCCUCCUAAAGCCAAGGUAGUAAUAUGUGGCGGUGGAGUGAUGGGAGCUGCUGUCGCCUACCACCUUGCCAGACGUGGUUGGGGAGAUCAAACUGUAGUAAUAGAAAAAGAAAAGGUUGGAGCCGGUAGCCGCUGGUAUUCUUCAGGUUUAGUUGGUGCUUUCAAACCAUCUCUUGCCCAAGUGCGUAUUGCACAGUCGUCAAUCAGACUUCUCAAAGACUUGGAAUCUAGAGGGAAGCCUACUGGAUGGAAACAAUGUGGUUCACUUCUUUUGGCAAGAACUAGAGAUAGAAUGACUGUGUACAGACGGAUGAAAAGUCAAUCAGUUUCCUGGGGUAUCGACUGUGAACUCGUAAGCCCAAAAAAAUGCCAAGAAAUUUGGCCGAUGCUCAAUGUUGAUGAUAUCCUUGGUGGAUUGUGGAUACCAGGAGAUGGAGUAGGAGAUCCGCAUCUGUUUUGUAUAUCAUUAAUGAGAGAAGCUGUAGAAAAUGGAGUCGGUGUGAUGGAAGAGUGUGCCAUAACUGCAGUACAUUCAAAGGAAGGAAAAGUAUCAGGUGUGGACACAACUAGUGGCACAAUUGAGUGUCAAUAUUUUGUUAAUUGUGCUGGAUUUUGGGCAAGACAGAUUGGCCAGCUUUCCAAACCUCAAAUUAAAGUGCCAUUAUUACCUUGUGAACAUUAUUAUCUGCACACCAAACGAAUAGAUAACUUGGAUCCUAUGACUCCAGUUGUUCGGGAUCCUGAUGGUUACAUUUACUUACGUGAAAGAGAUGGUUGUAUUUUAGCAGGUGGCUUUGAGCCGAUCGCCAAACCUGUCUAUGAAGAAGAGAUCAUGAAUGCAGCACAACGUUGUUUACCAGAAGACUGGGAUCACUUUCAUGUUUUGCUACAAGAACUACUUAAACGAGUCCCGAGCCUUAACCAAGCGGUUCUGCACAAACUAUGCAAUGGGCUUGAAGCAUUUUCACCUGAUUGUAAAUGGAUUGUUGGUGAGGCGCCUGAGAUGUUCAACUACCAUGUCACAUGCGGCAUGAAAACGGUCGGGAUAUCAGCUGCCGGCGGUGUAGCGGAGGCUACUGUCGACGAGAUUGUGGACGGUUACACGAAGUACGACAUGUAUGAGCUGGAUAUCAACCGCUUUCUGGGCUUGCAUAACAACAAGCGAUUCCUGAGGGACCGAAUGAAGGAAGUACCCGGUGUUCACUACGGACUACCCUACCCAUUCUAUGAGUUUGAGACGGGUCGCAAUCUCCGUUUAUCACCAAUCUACCCUACUUUGCGAGAUAAAGGAGCUGUAUUUGGCCAGGUUAUGGGUUAUGAAAGACCGACUUGGUUUGAGGCAGUGGAAAAAAGCACAGCACCAGAUACACCUCAGCCGUUUAAAAUAGCUCAUACUAAAACCUUUGGAAAACCAAGUUGGUUUGAAACCGUGCAAAGGGAAUAUUGGUCGUGUAGAGAAGCCGUCGGUCUUGCCGACUACUCUUCAUUUACCAAAAUUGAUAUACAGUCACAAGGAAACGAGGUGGUCGAUCUGCUACAGUAUUUAUGUUCGAAUAACGUCGAUGUACCUAUUGACAGUAUUAUUCACACUGGAAUGCAAAACGAGCGGGGUGGCUAUGAAAACGACUGCAGCCUUGCCAGAAUAUCAGAAAAUCAUUAUAUGAUGAUAGCGCCCACGAUACAACAGACUCGGUGUAAAGUCUGGCUAAAGCGACACCUUCCACGGAACGGAUCCGUGACGAUGUCCGAUGUCACAUCUAUGUACACCGCUAUUUGUAUCCUGGGACCGUUCACGAGAAGCCUUCUAUCAGAAUUAACUGACACUGAUCUCUCUCCGUCCAACUUCCCCUUCUUCACGUUCAAAGAGCUGGAUGUAGGCUUGGCUAACGGAAUUCGUGCUAUGAAUCUCACCCACACAGGUGAAUUGGGCUACGUGUUGUAUAUUCCUAAUGAGUUUGCACUACACGUAUAUAAUCGUCUGAUGACUGUUGGAGAGAGAUACGGCAUAAACCAUGUGGGGUACUAUGCUACACGAUCGUUGAGGGUCGAGAAAUUCUUCGCUUUCUGGGGCCAGGACCUCGACACUAUGACGACGCCACUCGAAUGUGGACGUACUUGGCGUGUCAAAUUUGACAAAGACAUCCCGUUCAUCGGACGUGACGCUCUGCUCCGUCAACGCGAAGAAGGCAUCCGGAGACAGUACGUCCAGCUGUUGCUCACUGACCACGACCACGAGUUAGAUCUGUGGUCCUGGGGUGGAGAGCCCAUAUACAGGGACGGUAACUACUGCGGCCAAACCACCACCACAAGCUACGGAUUCACCUUCAAAAAACAGGUUUGCCUUGGCUUCGUACAAAAUUUGGAUAAGGAUGGCGUACCCCAGCAAGUUACUAAUGAAUAUGUUCUUAAUGGCCAUUAUGAAAUCGAUAUCGCUGGAAUACGAUACGCUGCAAAAGUGAACCUUCACUCUCCACAUUUGCCAACAAAAUAUCCUGAUAAAGAACGCGACGUGUACCAGGCAACCAGGAAGCUCCAUGACCCACAACAGUUCCUUGGAAGACAUUAUCAACCUUAGUCAACAGUCAAUACUUUUUGCUUGAUGGUUUAUAUUUUUUAAAUAUCUGAUUUAUUUAACUUUAAUCUAAGAGUAAACUCACCUAAAUACAGAACUGUGUCUGGUCAAUUGAAAAUAAAUUAUUACUCUUGA